UAGGCUUACUUAAACAAAUUUUGCUCCGAGUUAAUAAAAAAACUUGGGAAUAGAGAGACUCUGAGUCUGAGAGAGAGAGAGGAAGGAACCAUGGAGGCAGACGAGAGCGGUAUCUCCUUGCCGUCAGGACCCGACGGUCGUAAGCGGCGAGUCAGUUACUUCUACGAGCCAACGAUCGGUGACUACUACUACGGUCAAGGACAUCCGAUGAAACCUCACCGGAUCCGUAUGGCUCAUAGCCUAAUCAUCCACUAUCAUCUCCACCGUCGCUUAGAAAUCAGCCGUCCUAACCUCGCCGACGCCUCCGAUAUCGGCCGCUUUCAUUCCCCCGAUUAUGUUGAUUUCCUCGCUUCCGUUUCGCCGGAAUCUAUGGGCGAUCCUUCCUCUGCACGAAACCUAAGGCGAUUCAAUGUCGGCGAGGACUGUCCUGUCUUCGACGGGCUUUUUGAUUUUUGCCGUUCUUCCGCCGGUGGUUCCAUUGGCGCCGCCGUCAAGUUAAACAGGCAGGACGCUGAUAUCGCUAUCAAUUGGGGCGGUGGGCUUCACCAUGCCAAGAAAAGCGAGGCCUCUGGGUUUUGCUAUGUUAAUGACAUCGUUCUUGGGAUUCUUGAGUUGCUCAAGAUGUUUAGGCGGGUUCUCUACGUAGACAUCGAUGUCCAUCAUGGAGAUGGAGUGGAAGAAGCGUUUUACACCACUGAUAGAGUGAUGACUGUUUCUUUCCACAAAUUUGGGGACUUUUUCCCAGGAACUGGUCACAUAAGAGACGUCGGCGCAGAAAAUGGGAACCUCUCAUGGUCUUGGGUGGUGGAGGGUAUACUAUACGAAAUGUUGCCCGUUGCUGGUGUUAUGAGACUGCAGUAGCGGUUGGAGUAGAGCCGGACAACAAUCUCCCAUUCAAUGAGUAUUUUGAGUAUUUCGGCCCAGAUUAUACGCUUCAUGUCGACCCAGGUCCAAUGGAGAAUUUAAACACUCCAAAAGAUAUGGAGAAAAUAAGGAACACAUUGCUAGAACAACUUUCGGGACUAAUGCAUGCACCUAGCGUGCAGUUUCAGCAUACACCACCAGUAAAUCGAGUUUUGGACGAGCCGGAAGAAGACAUGGAGACGAGACCAAAGCCUCGCAUCUGGAGUGGAACUGCAGCUUAUGAAUCAGACAGUGACGAUGAUGAUAAACCUCUUCAUGGUUUAUCAGGUCUUGAUGGCCCAGCUAUGGACAGGGACUCUACAGGUGAAGAUGAAAUGGAAGACGAUGAUAACCCAGAGCCGGAUGUGACUCCUCCAUCGUCUUAAAACUAGCUUCUAUAUAUUGGUGGUGUGUCUUUUGCAUAUGGUAAUGUCGGGAGAUUUAAGACACUAAAAGUUAGUAGGGGAAUUGAUUCUUUUGAUGUUUUCUUCAGCACCCUUUUGAGUACUGUGAAAACGCUUGCAUUGUUAGAACAGUGAGUGACUAGUGGCCUUCGAGUCCCAAGUUAGAAAAUCAGAUGUGAAAAAUGCAAUGAAACUUUUUUUUUUU